UUUUCUAUUUGACUCUUGUCCUCCUACACUAGAGCUAAAAAAUCUUUUUUUCUUUUAAAGCAAAGAAAUGGAUACCGUUUAAAUUAGCUAUUUUACUUUAUUUGGUGGUUUUGGUUAUACAUUUACUUUUGCCUGUUUUUGUAUUAUUUAAAACAAAAGACAAUUUCUUUUUUGUGACUUUUUCGGUGGCCUGUUUAGUUACUGAAGGAAUGAAAUUAUUCUCUUAUGCUCACGUCAAUUAUUGUUGUCGGCACUUGUUAUUAGCUAGAGAGAAUAAAUGUGAUGAUAAAUUACUAGCUGAAGAGGAUAUUCAAGAUGACCGUGUAAAGGAGAAAUUGCCUGAAAAAGAAGAAGAAAAUGUUAACGAAAAUAUUUGUAACAACAAAAACAAAGAAAUUACAGAAGACGAAUCUCCACAGGACAACAAUACUGUCACUAACCCAAUUCCGAUAGACAACAAAUUAUCACCAUUUAUUUUGAAAAUUUCAGAAGAACAUUUAAAAUUAUAUCCACAGAAUUUAACUAUCAAGAAUUUGUAUUAUUUCAUUAUGGCGCCAACUCUUUGUUAUGAAUUGGAAUAUCCUGUUAUUCCAAAGAGGCGUUGGUCUUUAAUUUUUAAUCAUUUAAUUGAGGUGAGGUUUCUCGAGACAUAUGGGUCUUGA